GGGCCCGUGUUGAAAUAGAGGGAGAGAGAAAAAAAUACCGUGCGCAGAAAGGAAAACUUGCCGGGUGCAAAAGUUUUUUUUGUAAGCGUCUGCAUAGUUACGGGUUGGGUGAAACAAUGGAACGUCUGUUUUUCUAUUCUCUAGAACUUUCGGCUUAGCUCUUCUCCUUCCACUCCCCACCCCAUUUAUUUUGUUUUAAAUUCCAGCCGUUAUUUUUAAACGUUGAACGGUCCUUUGUUCCUUGGAACCGUUGUAUUUCUCUCUCUCUCUCUCUCCCUUGGUCGCUUGUUGUCAGACUGCGGGAAGAUGGACUGCGAGCCGAACCGGGCGCGCCUGAUGUGCAUGUUGUGGUUGACAUUCGGCUUCUUCGUGGUGGAGGUGGUAGUGAGCCGGCUGACCAGCUCGCUGGCCAUGCUGUCCGACUCCUUCCACAUGCUGUCAGAUGUCAUCGCCCUGGUGGUGGCCCUCAUCGCCGUGCGAUUCGCCGCCAAGACCCAGUCGACCGCGAAGAACACGUUCGGCUGGAUCCGCGCCGAGGUGAUGGGAGCGCUGGUCAACGCCGUCUUCCUGACGGCGCUCUGCUUCACCAUCGUGCUGGAGGCCAUCGAGCGCUUCAGCGAGCCGCGGGAGAUCCACAACGCGUUGGUGGUGACCGGGGUCGGCGCCGCCGGGCUCCUGGUCAACCUGCUGGGGCUCUGUAUGUUCCACGGCAGCGGCAGUGCCGCCGGCGGAGGAGCGGCCCACGGCCACUCGCACUCUCACUCUCACUCCAGCUCGGAGAGCGGGGGCCACUGGCUCCGCAAGAAGAAGAGGGCCGAGGCCGAGAAACUGUCCGGCAACGGGACGAGCGUCCGUGACCAGGAGGAGAUCAACAUCCUCGUCAGCGGCAGCGCCAUCAACGGUAUAAACCCCGACAAGCAGGAUGUAUUCGAUCUACUGAGGGACAAUAGUAUGGAAGGUCUACAACUGAAUGGAAUUUCUGUUCUUGAUGACCAUCGUGAUGAAUUUGGAGAUGUAGAUGACUCUGCAUCGCAACUGAACAUGCGUGGUGUCUUCCUUCAUGUGUUGGGAGAUGCUUUGGGCUCUGUCAUAGUGGUGGUAAAUGCACUGAUAUUUUACUUCAUUUGGAACCCAUGUCCUGAAAAUGGCCCAUGCAUUAAUAAGUGUUUACAUGAUCAUUGUGUUGAUCGAGACCAUCUAAAUGGCACACAGUCAAACGUAUCUGAAAAUAGUAAAAACAUUCCAGAAGCUGGACCCUGUUGGGUGCUGUUCUUGGAUCCUACUUUAUGUUGUAUUAUGGUAUGUAUUUUGCUGUACACAACGUAUCCUCUUCUGAAGGAAUCUGCUCUUAUUCUGUUACAAACGGUCCCUAAACAAAUAGAUAUGGAGUUAAUAAAUGAGAAGCUGCGCAACUUGGAAGGUGUACUGGCUGUACAUGAGCUUCAUGUCUGGCAGUUAGCUGGUAGUAGAAUUAUUGCAACAGCCCAUAUUAAAUGUCGUGAUCCAACUGCUUACAUGGAUGUAGCAAAACGUAUUAAAGACUUUUUCCAUGAUGAAGGAAUCCAUGCCACAACCAUCCAGCCGGAAUUUGCUUCAGUAAACUCUGAAUCACGUAUUUCCCUUUGUGAACUGCCAUGCAAGACUCAGUGUGCCUUAAAGCAGUGUUGUGGUAAUGGUGAGAAGUCCUCCAGUGAUUUAAAGUUGGAAACUCCAUCCACUCAUUCUCUUGAGGUCAUCAGAGAAUCUCCUGAACAUCCCAAUAUGAGGACUCCAAGAAAUGAGACUUGCAACAAUUCUGCAAAAAGCAAAGACACACAAUAUGAAUCAGCUGUGUAAAUUUAGCCUGUCUAAUUUUAAAAGUGACGUGGUACUUUAUUGACAUUAAAAUAUUGGGGUUGUCAACUGGAAUUGAUUGGCACUGAGCUAAAAUAACAGUGGUGGCUAACAAAUGUUAUUGAACUUGUUCCACUGCUCCUUGAUUUAUAUAUGGCACAUUCCAAAGCAAACUCAUGGACAGCUGAUCAGAAUCUACUUGAGUCUGUUCUCACAGCUUUGGGACAAGCAAUGUGGAUAGUGCAUCACUGACUGUCAGCAGAAAAUGUAUUUAAUUAUUAUUAAAGGCUGUAACAUUUUGCGAACUUAGGUUUUUCUAUAAACACUUUUUAUAUAGAAUGAUGUAACAGUUUUACAUCAACUUGUAAAACUCCUUGUCUCCUCCAAUUUGAGUUGCUGCUAUAUAAAACUAGGGGAGGGGAGGUGAGGGAGGGUAGUAGUGUGAAAAGCAGUCCAUUAAAUCCAGAAUGUUAAACCUAAUAAUUGGUAUUACAUGUGGGUAAUUUGCUUUGGUGUGGUUAAAAUGUGACCCUUUUUAUCCUCUCUAGCUUGAAAAUUACAUUUAUUGUAUUGCUCUAAAUUAUUAGAUAGCAGAAAUAUUUUUGAUGCAGUGAUCUGUUAAUUCUUGCAUCAAUCCAGUUAAUUAUAACCAGUAUUCGUAAGUAAUGUUUUAUCACUGUCUUGAAUUUGUACCCCAGCCAAUAACUUGUUUCUGUCUCUUUUUGAGGAAUGAUGUCCUUCUGGACCAGUGAUUUAUGUUUUUUUUUAAAAAAAAAUACAUUGAAAUCUGCAAGAACAAUUGUUGUGGGAGUUCUUUCUCUCGGGGGCGGGGGGAGGUGGAAAAGAUGGGCAAAUCUAUAGGAUGCAGAUUAACAACCUCGUGUAUUGAAGGUUGAGUUCAUAGUAAAAGUAAAGGACUGUAACAGUGAAUUGUACUGCUUAGUUAUUUUUAAUUCCUUCAUUUCACACUUGCAAUUGUUCACAAUCCAUCUCUGGACAGCAUUUGCCAAGAUUCAUUGUUUUUGUUCUGAGUGUGAGCUGUUUGUCUGUAUACACCUAUUUGAGCAGGCAUAUGUUUCAGUUAUUGGGUAGAUUUUUCUAACUUUUUUUAUUUCUAGUUAGAUGGAUAGAAGAUACAAGAUCUGGAUGGAUUUGUUUUCACUUCCAUUUGAGUAAAAGUAUUUUACAAAUAAGGUAUUUGGUUUAAAAACUGGCAGUACUUGUACAGUGAUGACACAAAGAAGACAGAGUUUGGAGGAAAAUCUUGCUGUAACUUUUUUCUCCUGUGACAUCCACUAUUAUUUUGAUAGCCUUUUUUUUUGAAUGCAGACAAAUCCAUGCAAGUCUGAGAUUACCCGAAAUGGACGUGUCACGCAGCUGCCAAAAGUAAUUUGGAUAACUUUUUUUUUUAAAUAUGAAAACUUUGGAUUUACAUGAAUUUCUAGGAAACUGGCACUUAACAUUUUUUUAUGUUGCAUUUUAUAAAUCUCAAAACUAUCUCUAUCUCUAAAAUUUUGAUAGAAAUAUACAAUUUAUUGGAUCAGGUUCCAGUUCCCAUAUUUUCUUUUGGUGCGAUCUUUAAGUCCUAAUUCUUUCUGCUCCCUUUAUGGAAGUAGCACCAUGUAAGUAAUUGUUUACAUUUGGAAAUCUUGUGAAUUACUGGCUACUUUGGCUGUGAGUUUAUUGGUAUUUUCAAAGAUCCUGCAGACUAAACCUGAAGCAUAAUACCAGCUUCUAAUGCUUUGAAACCAUUUCUCCUGUCAAAAAUAUUUAAACGUUUAAAUGAUAAGCCAUGCUUGAUGCUAGGUUUAAACCAUAUACUUAUGUUUACACUAUAUGGUUUCAGUAAAGUCUCUAAUUUGCAAAUUUUGUACUAAUUCUAUUAAAAUUGUGAAAACAAUCCUUUAAGUAGAUUGUCAUCACAAUUGUGUUCCGUCUGGAAACACUUAAAUUUUAGCAUUGGUGUAGCACAGUUGGUUGCAAGUCUGUUAUUGAUAGUGGUGAGUGAUUUUUAUUUUUUGAUGUUGAAUGAAGUAUGUUAAUUGAGCAUUGACACACUGGCUUGCAUCUACUUUUUUUCCCCAAUAUUCUAAACCAAUCCAUUUGUAACAUUGUUUGUUUUAGAAUUUGUGGGGUGGGGAGAAAAGAUCUGAGAUCAGGCUUGUGUUUUUGAGUUCAUAAAUAGAUCAGUUGCAAAUCUUCUAGGUCCAGAUGUCCUCAUUUCUAGCUUCUAGCUAAUGUUUUUUCUUGAAAACAGUGGGCAAUGUUUUGUUUGGUGGCAGGGGAGGGAGAAGUGUGACUGGUGGGGGGGGAAAAACAUGUCAGGUAAUCCAAGCUCUAAAUUUACUGAGGGAAAAGCCAACAAACUUCAUCAAGAUCUGGCAUCUAUCAUUAGAAAAUAGUGUAUACCAUCUAAGUCAAAUAUGACUUGCUCUAAAAGCUUUAAAUGUAAACCAUUAGGCAAAACAAAUGCUAAAAAUCUAUUUUUUGAUUCAUUAAAAGGCAUUAAGUACUAUUGAUUUUUGUUUGUAGUAAUUCUGCUCCUUGAUUUCAGACACAUCUAAAUUUAUCUAAUGAAUGUGACUUCUGAAAUUGAUUUGGAUAGUUCACAUCUAGCUGACAUCUACUACCAUGUAGACCACAUUUUGUAUGAAAAUUUCUUUUUAAUCUGUAUAAUUUUACAGCCCUAUGUUGAGUGGAUUCUACUCUAGAGCAAUAGCUUUGCACAAAGCCUCAAGCCUUGCACACUUUCUUGAAAAUCAUUUAACUUUGUUUCUACAAACUGUAUACUCAUGUCAUCCAGUUUGAAAACGAUUCACAAAGUCUCAUUUGGUGACUGUAAAGGUUUUGGGAUAUGUGGUGAUAUAAAGUCACAACACUUUGUUACAUAUCCCUUAGGACUUCACAUUUCCAAAAUGUCCUGGUUCUCAAAGGAUAUGAUUUUAUAGCCAAAGCACUCUGGCAAUGCUUCUAAAAUACAUUUAGACCAAACUUAAAGUCUAAAAUCUCUAUUUAGAGGAACAUAAGAAUUAUGUACAUUCCAUCGUUCUCUUAAAUGUUUGAAAUUACCUAAGGGGGAAUAGUUACUCAAAUUGCUUAAUAUUGGUAAUUGAACUUGUCCAUUUGAAAGGAAAUGAGAGUUUAAAGUCUAUAGAAGCUUUGUGAAUAUCAAUUGUUGUACAUUUUCUCAAAUUAUCAAGUCACCUUCUGAACCUUGGAAAUUAGACUAGUUGCCAUUUUCGGCCUUCUUUCUUUGCACAUGAAGCAAUGAUUUAGAUUUCCUGUAAUUCUUGAUCACAUCAUUCCAAAUAGGAAGCUUACAAGAUUGACUGACUGUAGGAUUGGUUUGUCAGAGUAAUGGAAAAAUCUUCCGAGUGUUGCUACAUUUUUGUGUGGCAUUGGUGUAAAUUAGAAUUAGAAGAACAUUUUGUUCAAAGCAAUGUACUUUGCAUUAACUCCCUCCAGUUGAGGGAAAUGAGAAUCAUUUUGGACAGCCUUGUUGCCACUGCGAUUCAGUCUGUUCCAAAAAGACUGAAUCUAUAGAUCCUCCCACAUGUGUGGCAGACUAUUUUAGAGGGUUGCGUAGAUGGGUUAUUUGUAUGUCUGUACACUUGUUUGAAUGCCUGGACAUUGUCUAUACAUACCUCAAGUCUUUGGAUGUGUUUAGUCACCCAAAUUAGCUUUUCCCUCUUGUCAGUCACAGCCCAUGGCCUCCAGUAAGUGAAUGGGUGGGCAUGUUUGACUUUGUUUUGAAGAUUUUUUUAAAAAAUGAUUAUUAAAACAGCAGGAUAAUCUGUGUACCAAUUGGUAAUGUGAUUCUUGUGAUCAUGAAGGAUUGCUAUGUCUGUCUAUAACAUUGAAUUUUUUUUCCCUACUACCAUGGUUGCUGAACCUCCUUUUAAAAUGAGAACCACCUGCUUCAUAAGAAAACUAGUGUGCUUGUAUAAACAAAGCUAUACUGUUGAGUUCAGACUUUAAUGAGCUAAAUCUUAUUGGGAUGUGUUUCACAUUGCUUUAGGGCAUGCUAUUUCUACCUUUUUUUUGUGUUUUGAGAAUUGCUGCUGAAAUACUGUAGAUUUGCACAAUCUUUGAGUGCUAAUUAUUCACUUCGUAUGUUCAUUUGGGCUAAAUUAACUUCUGACUUGGUACAAAAGGUUUACAGACCUCCUUUUAUAUAUGAAAUAUUUUCAGAGGAGGAAGAAGGGAUAAUUCUUGUAUAGGUAUAUGUUAUAAAAGUUUGUAGUUAAAGAUUGUAAGUUUACUGAUUUUAGUUACUUGUUCUUCAACACCCUUUUUAGUGCAAUAAGCUGAGCUUGCAAACAAUAUUACAUGUCACCUUAAAGUGCUAGUGUCUGAACAGUUUCAAGAACUGCUGUCUCUUCCUCAGUUAAAGAGGCAAAUGCAAUUCAGGUAUCCAAAUGAUGGAGAUCAGUACUAUUCAGUUCAUUUCAUCGCGAGUAUAAAUAUGCUGAGAGCAGGGAGAAGAGCGGCACGGUGGCACAGUGGUUAGCACUGCUGCCUCACAGCGCCUGUAGACCCGGGUUCAAUUCCCGACUCAGGCGACUGACUGUGUGGAGUUUGCACGUUCUCCCCGUGUCUGCGUGGGUUUCCUCCGGGUGCUCCGGUUUCCUCCCACAGUCACAAAGAUGUGCGGGUCAGGUGAAUUGGCCAAGCUAAAUUGCCCGUAGUGUUAGGUAAGGGGUAAAUGUAGGGGUAUGGGUGGGUUGCGCUUCGGCGGGUCGGUGUGGACUUGUUGGGCCGAAGGGCCUGUUUCCACACUGUAAGUCUAAGUCUAAGAGCCGUGUAAGAGUGGCAAGUGUGAACUCAGUGCAUCCUUUCUUUCAUUUCCUUUUUAUAAAAUCAAUAUAUUUGAAUAAGAAACCUUUUACACUCAGCUUUUUCUUUUGAUUUGUAAUGAAUCAUAGGUUUUUUGUUUUUCUUGCGUAUGUUGUUACCCUAAACUUUGGUGCAGUUCUAUGCACUUGCUUUUGUCUGCAAAUCUACACUGCAGCAUCCAUCUGGAAUUUUGUUCUUAUUGUAUGUAUUGCAUUUUGUUUUCCUAAAGUCAUUCCAACAUCUUGACUAUUUGAACUAUUUAAACUAUUUAAAUGUAAUGUGCAUUAUAAACUUGUUCUUGAUAAAA